GGGAUUUCCAAAGUCAAAAAUGGAGACGAACCAAAACAACGAAAUUGUGUAUGGAAUUAUUAAUAAUAUUCCAAGAACAUAUCAUUCCUCAGAUUUACGGAACUUUUUCUCACAGUUCAUAGAAACAAAUGGGUUUCAUUGCUUCCACUUCAGACACCGACCAGAAAAACAAAUGCUUCCCAAAUCUGCAGAUAAAGAUAUGAUAAAAAACGAUGUAAAAACGUUCUGUUGUGUGUUCCGUACAACUCCUGUUCGUUUAGAUAACCUGAUCAAAAUGUACAACAGAAAACAUUGGUUAGAUAAAAAUGGAGAUUCGAUAUCACAAGUGUGCUACAUCUCUAAAAUCUCUGUAUCCCAAACUACCAAAGACUUUGCCUUGGGAUUAAAGCCUGGAGAUACAGAUCCAUUAUAUAAAAAUAGAGCAGAAACAAAACAAAUCCCUACAGAUAGAGAAGACUUUACAGAUGCUGAUUUAUCAAAACUACCAGAGUUACAUCCCCCUGAUGUGAUGCCAAAUGGCAAUGUUGGCACACCCACCAAAGUAUUUUUAGAACUUAUCCAGCAAUGUAGACUCCCCCCUGUGGUCAUAAAAAAACUUGGGUUGACAUUUCCUAAAACAAGGACAAAUAAGAAGUAUGGUGAUGUUCCAUUUGAUUAUGGGAGAGAAAUUGUUGAAACUGAUUUUUCAGAUGAAACAGUUACAUGUAUAUCAGGUCAAGGACAUAAACUUCUAAGUGAGGGAGAAUUUCAAAAUAAUGAUGUGAACAAUAUUGCAGGACCAUCUCAGAAUACUUCAGGAAAUAGAGAAAGUCUUAAACAGACAGAUCUAGAAGAAAAAUGUGAUAAAAAGAAGAAGUCAGACAGACAUUGGAGACGUGACCCAGAAACAAAGAAGAGAAUGAAAGAAAAAAUAGAAGAAAAAAUGAUUGCUGAAUCAGAUCACUCAGAAGGGGACAAUGAUAGUUGUGAAGAGUGGGAAAGACAUGAAGCUUUCCAUGACGACCCAGAUAAUCAGGAACGGAAUGAAGAGCGGUUAUUUGAGAAUGAAAUAGAACUAAAGUGGGAGAAAGGAGGAAGUGGAUUAGUUUUCUACACAGAUGCACAGUACUGGAAGGAACAGGAAGGAGAUUUUGAUGAACAAACGACAGAUGACUGGGAUGUUGAUAUGAGUGCUUACUACGAGAAAGGUGCUGGGGAUAAGGACAUUAAGGACUUUCUAGCAAUGAGACAGUCUCAAAGAUGGCGGGAUGGUAUCGAUAGCACUGAUAGAUUUAGUCUGGGGAUUGCAAAAAAACGACAGAAAAAGAAUGUGUCUGCUGCUGAUCAAGCUAAAAUUGGAAAGUUUGAAGUUCAUACUAAGGGCAUUGGGCGUAAGAUUUUAGAAAAGCAAGGCUGGCAGGAAGGCAAAGGAGUAGGGUCUUCUAGGGAAGGCAUGGCAGAAGCUUUAGAAAAUGAAGGACAACCAGCUUCAGUUAAAACAGGAUUUGGGUACCAUGGAGAAAAAAUAUCAAGAAAAUCGUCCAAGCCUAGAACUGCUGACAGGCAGGCUAUAAUAAGCACUGUUUAUGAUAGUCAACAAGAAUUACAAAAGUCAGAACCAUUAUUACGAAGACAUGAUCAUUAUACCAUAACUUAUAGAGACCCUGUACAAUUUAAAAAGGCAGAGUCAGAAAAAAGUUGAUAAUUGUUUUGUAAUAAAUUGUAUAUAUUUA